GCACCAGCGCCCUCUCCUGUGUCAUCCUCUCAAGCUCGCCACUCUUGUUGAUCCACCACCUUUCUCCAAGCUAGCUAGCCAAUAGCAAUGGCUCCAGCAGUUGCAUUCCCAACCACUGACUCUGCUGCCCUUACCGAUUUCGUCAUAAACCAAGGGAAUGGAGUGAAGGGUCUUUCAGAAUUGGGACUCAAAGCCCUCCCCAAACAUUAUAUCCAACCUGAGGGGGAAAGAGUUGAUAACAGCAAAAUCAUAACCAAUGAAUCCAUACCUAUUAUUGAUCUCUCCAACUGGGAAGACCCCAAAGUGGCAGAUUCAAUCUGUGAUGCAGCAGAGAAAUGGGGGUUCUUCCAAAUUGUUAACCAUGGGGUGCCUGUUGGAGUGUUGGAUCGUGUGCAGGAUGCAACCCAUCUGUUCUUUGGACUUCCAGCUGCUGAGAAGAACAAGUAUUCCAAAGACCAUUCUCCUUCUAACAGUGUGAGGUUUGGCACAAGCUUUAGCCCUCAAGCUGAGAAGGCUUUGGAAUGGAAAGAUUACCUAAGCCUCUUCUAUGUCUCCGAAGAGGAGGCUGCUGCUCUCUGGCCCCCUGCUUGCAGGGAUGAAGUGUUCGAAUUCAUGAAAGGCUCCGAUGUUGUCAUCAAACGGCUGUUGCAGGUUCUGAUGAAGAGACUGAAUGUUAACGAAAUUGAUGAAACCAAAAAAUCUCUACUGAUGGGUUCAGUCAGAGUUAACCUUAACUACUACCCCAUAUGUCCGAACCCCGAACUCACCAUCGGAGUCGGACGUCACUCCGAUGUCUCAACCCUUACAAUCCUGCUCCAAGACGAAAUCGGGGGGCUCUACGUUAAAGGACGUCAAGGCGAUGACAGCUGGAUUCACGUCCCUCCUAUCAAAGGCUCCCUUGUGAUCAACAUCGGAGAUGCACUGCAAAUUUUGAGCAACGGUAGAUACAAGAGUAUCGAGCACCGUGUGGUCGCUAAUGCAAGCCAGAACAGGAUUUCCGUUCCCAUUUUCGUGAAUCCGAGACCGUCCGCUAUGAUCGGUCCAUUGCCGGAGGUGGUGGCAAACGGUGAGAAACCGAUAUACAAGCAAGUCCUGUACUCGGAUUACGUCAAACAUUUCUUCCGAAAAGCACAUGACGGGAAGGCCACGGUGGAAUUUGCAAAAAUAGAUGCAUGACCGUUGCGCAUUAUUUAAGAAUUAUAAGCUUGACAGCCGACUAAAGAGAAAAUAUAUGUAGAAAUUAUAAGUGUGUUGUCUUAUAUUAGAAUAAUCUUCAUAUAGUUUCUGAUUUGCUACAGCAGAUCAAAAAUCGGUGUAUUAAGAAGAAAAAGCUUCGCAUAUAUCCUUGUUUAGUUAAUUAGUAAAGGUAUGAAAAUUAG